AUGAAAGCUUCGCCAACAGGAACUGAGAAUUGCAUUAUCUUAGAUUCACGUAGGAAAUGCAUUCAAAAAACGUUGCACGAUUUUCUUGGAACAAUUAAAUAUCAAGCUCCAAGCGGAAAUGAUCUUGCAAAUAUCUAUGAUAUCAAGGAUAAAAAUGAUAAUAGUAAGUUUUGGUAUGCGAUAGAUUGUAGAAAAUUAGAAUUUCUUGUAACAUAA